CACGUCUAAAACGUCACUAAGCUUGACUUAUAUGCUGACGCUGACUAUCAGCCUUUCAAAUUUUCUCGCAUUCAUGAUAUAAUAUUUGUGCUUAUAUAUGUAUUGACACAUCCAUUAUAUCUCAAGAUGAGUACUAUGUUCGCAGACACAAUUCUUAUUGUGUUCAUUUCGGUUUGCACGGCGCUGUUAGCCGAGGGUAUCACUUGGGUGUUGGUGUAUCGAACAGACAAGUACAAGCGAUUGAAGGCGGAGGUUGAAAAACAGAGCAAGAAAUUGGAAAAGAAGAAGGAAACCAUCACAGAGUCUGCCGGACGUCAGCAGAAGAAAAAAAUAGAGAGACAAGAGGAGAAACUGAAGAACAACAACCGAGAUCUGUCCAUGGUGCGGAUGAAGUCCAUGUUUGCUAUAGGUUUUUGCUUCACGGCUUUGAUGGGAAUGUUCAACUCUAUCUUUGAUGGGCGAGUUGUGGCCAAGCUUCCCUUUACACCACUGUCCUACAUCCAAGGCCUCUCUCAUCGUAAUCUACUGGGAGAAGACUUCACAGACUGCUCCUUCAUCUUCCUGUAUAUUCUAUGCACCAUGUCCAUUCGACAGAACAUCCAGAAGAUGCUGGGCCUUGCUCCAUCUCGUGCUGCCACCAAACAGGCCGGAGGAUUCCUGGGGCCCCCCCCUCAGGCUGCCAAGUUCUCUUGAAGGGUUUCCCAGGGGAAGUGAGGCCUUAUGUUCAGCGGACCCACCAGACCUUGAGGUUGGGAGGGAGCUCUGCCGGUCUCCUCUUGGUUCAGAAACUGUAGAGCCCUCCUAAAGAAUUGGGGGUUGUGACUUGAGCAGGUGUGUUCAGAUUGGGCAGCUAUUUCCACCUCCAUACCACACUUUUGAAAGUUUUUUUUCUUGUCUUUUCUAGAUUUGAUUUGAUUUAACCUCUGCACAUUUAUGUGUAUAAUUUAUACAAAAACCUAUGAUUUUAAUUUAAAGUACCAGUCUAAAGUAGUUGCUCUUUGAAAUCCCUUGGUGUUUGCAAAGCCUGUGUGCCUGUCCCUGUCCAUGGUAUACAGGAGACACUUUCAUCAGUAUGCAUAAGGUCUUUGACAAACCAGUGAGAAUUUUGUCAUAUGUGAUUGUUUAUAGAAGUAGAAUAAAGGCCACCUGACCACAUUUUGGUGACAUUUCUGUGUUUUUCUCUAACAGCAGACAUACCCACUGGGACAAAUUAUGUUUUGAAUAUCUAAUGUGAAAUUAUUAAAAAUAAUGUGUAAUCUAAUGUGUUUAUUAAAAAUACCCAAACAUU